AUCCCCCCUCGUUCUCCAGCUUGCCUCUCUGGGGUCCCAUUCCAAUUCCCCUCACCCAUAUCCAACCCAACGCCCUCUCACACUUCCAACCCGACGAUCGGAUCGGCCUCCUCCUCUUUGCGUAAAGCUUCCCCUCAGUUUCCACCAGUACCCCUCCAGUUGACGCCAUGAGCCCUGUAAAAAGUAGUAAACCCAUUCCUAUACACCACGCUUCUCCAAGUCUACGAGUUACAGAGUAAGCUCGGAUAUUAUCUUCUCCUCCUCCUCCUCCUUAUCUCUUUCUCUCGAUAUAUUCCAACACUAUCUCUCCUCCAUCUCAACAAAUACCUUCAUCCAUGUACGGCAGCUCCGUUGAAGAACUGUCAAGCGAGUACAAAAAGCGGCCGGCGCCGGUGCCGGAGCAGUUGCGCCGCAUGGGCAGCGUCGUGCUUGACCCGACACCGGAUAUGGGCUUCGAGACCGAGUCCCGAAAGCUGCCCUCCUCUAGAUACAAGGGCGUGGUCCCCCAGCCCAACGGCCGCUGGGGCGCCCAGAUCUACGAGAAGCACCAGCGCGUGUGGCUCGGCACGUUCGCCGAGGAGGCCGACGCCGCCCGGGCCUACGACGCCGCCGCCCAGCGCUUCCGCGGCCGCGAAGCCGUCACCAACUUCACUCCCCUCUCGGAGAGCGACGACGACGGCGCGGCGGAGCUUGCCUUCCUCGCCUCCCACUCCAAGGCGGAGAUUGUGGACAUGAUGCGCAAGCACACCUACUGCGACGAGCUCCGGCAGAGCAAGCGCGCCGGAAAGGCCAGCCGGGGCACCGUCGGUAAGAGAAACCCGCCGAGCUCAUUAGGGUUAGCUCGCGAUUUAUUAUUCAGCAAGCCUGUGACGCCGAGCGAUGUCGGGAAGCUGAACCGGCUGGUCAUACCGAAGCAGCAUGCCGAAAAGCACUUCCCGCUGAAGUUCGGCAGCGCCACCACCGGGAUGCUGCUCAAUUUUGAGGAUGUGUGCGGGAAGAUAUGGCGAUUUCGGUAUUCCUACUGGAACAGUAGCCAGAGCUAUGUGCUAACCAAAGGGUGGAGCCGGUUUGUGAAGGAGAAGAGCUUGAAAGCUGGAGAUGUGGUUGGUUUCUGGCGGUCGAGGGGGCCGGAGAGGCAGCUUUAUAUCGAUUGGAAACCGCGAGGGGUCGCGGCGGAUGCGACUGUCCCGCGGGCGGGGCAUCUGCAGGUGGUGAGGCUAUUUGGGGUCAACAUUUUCAGAACUCCGGUUGGUUGUGGAGGUGGUAAUGGUAGUGGAGGGGACGGCAAGAGCGGGGGAGAGAGGGAGUUGUUUCCACAGGAGCAGUUCGUUAAAAAGCAGCGCGUAGGAGCCCUGUGGUACUAGCUUUAUCUGUUUUUCUCAAUGCUUUUGUUUUUUCAUGUAGGGAAAGUGUACAUUGUGUAAAGGUUUCCAAAAGGUUGAUGCUAAGUGGAAGCAACGGUACGUUCUAAAAGCAAAUAUUUUGCUCAUUUUGUCCCUUCGGUGAUUCAGUACGAG